AUGAUCAGCAGUAUUGACUGGUUUCCACAUGAGGAAAAAGCUGGACAUACAAGGACUAUUCAGUAUGGAAAAGCAGCAGCUGUGGAGGAUAUGCUAGAAGUCUAUGAAGUGAGGAGUGGAAUGGAAGAGGUUGACCUCACGCGCACCUUCACCUUCCGCAACUCCAAGCAGACAUACACAGGAAUUCCCAUUAUAGUGGCAAACAUGGACACUGUGGGAACAUUUGAAAUGGCUGUGGUUAUGGCAAAACAUGCAAUGUUCACUGCAAUUCACAAGCAUUAUUCUCUGGAAGAAUGGAAACUGUUCGCUGCCAAUCACCCAGAAUGCCUUGAGCAUGUAGCAGCAAGCUCAGGGAGUGGAAAAGCUGAUUUGGACAAGUUAAGAAGUAUUCUAGAGGCCAUUCCACCUAUCAGAUACAUCUGCCUGGACGUGGCAAACGGCUAUUCAGAGCACUUUGUGGAGUUUGUGAAGUCUGUCCGUGCCUUGUUCCCACAUCACACCAUUAUGGCAGGCAAUGUGGUGACAGGAGAGAUGGUGGAAGAACUUAUUCUUUCAGGAGCAGAUAUUAUUAAAGUGGGUAUUGGACCAGGUUCUGUGUGUACCACUCGGAUUAAGACAGGGGUGGGCUAUCCACAGCUAAGUGCUGUUAUUGAGUGUGCAGACUCAGCACAUGGCUUGAAAGGACAUAUCAUCUCCGAUGGAGGAUGCAGCUGCCCAGGAGAUGUCGCCAAAGCGUUUGGAGCCGGUGCUGAUUUUGUCAUGCUUGGAGGAAUGUUUGCAGGCCAUGACCAGUGUGCUGGAGAGAUUAUGGAAAAGAAUGGCAAGAAGGUGAAACUCUUCUAUGGAAUGAGUUCUGAUACAGCCAUGAAGAAGCAUGCAGGAGGGGUUGCUGAAUACAG